UGGGGCGGACCUGUGCUUCGAGAUCGUCAAAAGGGCGAUGUCUGGCUUCGUGUACAGUGAGGCGGUGGCCAGUCACUACAUGCGUCAGAUCCUGGAGGCGCUGCUUUAUUGCCACGAAAACGAUAUCAUCCACCGAGACAUCAAACCUCACUGCGUGCUGCUGGCCUGCAAGGAAAACAGCGCCCCGGUCAAACUAGGAGGCUUUGGAGUGGCCAUUCAACUGCAGGACGGGGAGCUCGUUAAUGGAGGUCGGAUAGGGACGCCUCACUUCAUGAGUCCGGAGGUAGUGGAGCGACAACCUUAUGGUAAGCCUGUGGACGUUUGGUCUGCUGGCGUCCUCCUACACAUAUUGCUCUCUGGAACUCUGCCCUUCUACGGCACCAAAGAUCGCCUUUAUGAUUCUAUAUGUCAGGCUAAAUUGCACCUCACUACGCCCACCUGGGAGUGUAUCAGCGACCAUGCCAAAGACCUCGUCCGUCGGAUGCUCACCUUCGACCCGAACGAGCGGAUCACAGUCAAAGAAGCGCUCAACCACCGGUGGAUCAAGGACCGUGACAAGUAUGCCUCGAGGUCACACUUGCAUUCUACGGUGGAGGAGAUGCGCAAGAUGAACGCUCGCCGCAAGCUGAAGGGUGCGGUGCUGGCUGCGGUGUCGUCGCCCCGCUGGACCAGCUUCUACAGUGACCCCACCCUCGACCCCUACCCUGAACUACCUGCUGACGAUGAUGUCUGCAGCACCGGAGCAGUAAGCGUGGUGCUGGACUCCCUGGACGACAUCCAGUGCCUGCAGGAAUGUCCUGUCAAGGACCGUGACUUCCUGCUCUCCGUCCUGGAAGAUACACAACUCCACGCCCUCCUUGACAUUCGUCGACAGUGUCAACAAUCAUGGCCAUCACCGUCUGUGUGAUGGAUACGAUGGUGGCCUGACGAUAGUAUUGAAGAAAAACAGCGGUACGGAGCACCA